CAUCAAUUGAGAAAAAAGGCCUCCACGUUUGACCCGUUUUGCCUAUAAAAGGAUUCUUUAAGAUAUGGACCUUACUCAUCUUCUCCGUUAAACCCAUUUAAAUAGUUUUCAUUGUCCUUGUGAAAAAUGCAAUUCUCUUCAUCUUCUAUUACUUCUUUCACUUGGACAGUUUUAAUCACAGUGGGAUGUCUUAUGCUUUGUGCGUCUUUCUCCGAUGCUCAACUUACCCCUACUUUUUACGACACUUCAUGUCCUACCGUCACCAACAUUGUAAGAGAUACCAUUGUCAACGAGCUAAGAUCGGACCCUCGUAUCGCCGGGAGCAUCCUUCGUCUUCACUUCCAUGACUGCUUUGUUAAUGGUUGUGAUGCUUCGAUCUUGUUAGACAACACGACAUCAUUUCGAACAGAGAAAGAUGCACUUGGAAAUGCAAAUUCAGCCCGAGGAUUUCCAGUGAUUGAUAGAAUGAAAGCUGCGGUGGAGAGGGCAUGCCCAAGAACCGUUUCAUGCGCAGAUAUGCUCACCAUUGCUGCUCAACAAUCUGUCACUUUGGCAGGAGGUCCUUCUUGGAAGGUUCCUUUAGGGAGAAGAGACAGCUUACAAGCAUUUCUAGAUCUUGCUAACGCAAAUCUUCCAGCUCCAUUCUUCACACUUCCACAGCUUAAAGCCAACUUCAAAAAUGUUGGCCUCGAUCGUCCUUCUGAUCUUGUUGCGCUCUCCGGGGCUCACACAUUUGGUAAAAAUCAAUGUCGAUUCAUUAUGGACAGAUUAUACAACUUUAGCAACACUGGAUUACCUGACCCUACACUCAACACUACUUACCUCCAAACUCUUCGUGGUCAAUGUCCUCGCAAUGGUAAUCAAAGCGUCUUAGUGGAUUUCGAUCUGCGUACGCCUUUGGUUUUCGACAACAAAUACUAUGUGAAUCUUAAAGAGCAAAAAGGUCUUAUCCAGAGCGACCAAGAGUUGUUCUCUAGCCCCAAUGCCACUGACACAAUCCCCUUGGUGAGAGCAUAUGCUGAUGGCACACAAACAUUCUUCAAUGCAUUCGUGGAGGCAAUGAAUAGGAUGGGAAAUAUUACACCAACUACAGGAACUCAAGGACAAAUCAGGUUGAAUUGUAGAGUGGUGAACUCCAACUCUCUACUCCAUGAUGUGGUGGAUAUCGUUGACUUUGUAAGUUCUAUGUGAGAAUAGUUGACUCAAUAUCUGGCGACCAGACUAUAUGUUAAGAUAAAUAAGCGGGAUCUCAAGUUGUUACUUGAGCAGGAGCAGAUUGUAUUGGUGUUUAUAGUAUCCAAGUAGUUCUCUGUUUUUUUUUUAUAUUGGCCUUUGAUAGCGUUUUGUUAAUCGGUCUAAGCUUCUAUGGUUUUGGACUGUUUUAUCCUAAUAAAUAUGACAAGAUAAAACGUUUAUGUUAUUUGAAAAUAUUUUGUCCUACGUUUCCAUUUCUCUAGUGAUGUAUAUAAAAGAAGAAUGUGUGAUCUAGCAAAAUUGAAAUAUGAAUAUGGUUCAAGAUUGUCGUGAUACAUAGUCAGAUAUAUAAAGAAUAAAACGUAUCUAAC